AGCAGACAUGUCAAUGACCAUUGCGAGAUUUCUCACGUCCAUCUCAAUGACGCUCUAUUGCUCCAUGUCUUGCUGUCCAUCGCCGUCCAUCAUCUCUCGUUCUUUCUUUUGGGUUGCUUUCAUCCACGUCGUCCUCUGUCACGACACCUGGGAAUGGUCCAAACAUUGUCUCAAAUCAGCGAGUGUCGUUGGAUGUCCCAACUUUAACCUACCGAUAUACCAAGUUGGAGUGGCAUAAUCUGGUGCUAUUACUAGUAUUCAGUGAAGAUUGCUCUUACAUGUUGCGCU